AUGCCCUCGUCUGUCAGCCGUUGUCGAGCUCCAAACGACGCGGGUCUGGGGACUCGCGCCGUUCGACAGCCCGCCCUCCCGCCAAGACGGCCGCCAACCACGGACGCAAGACCACCCCAGCAGACAAACACACCGCACGCAUCACUCACCCGGCCUGCAAGAAGAGAAGGACGAAAUGAGCUCGCCGACUCCCCCGACAUCGGGGCUCCUGGAGCUCAUGCACAUCAUCGAAAAGCUCAAGACAACCAAACGGAUAUUUCUGACCAUAUGUAUCGGAUGGCUAUGUUGGCGAUGCUUUCUGAGAAAGACGCGCAGCUCGAUAUCUCAAAAUGUGUGAUGCUAGCGCUAGUCCACGACCUUGCGGAAGCAGAAGUAGGAGAUAUCACACCACACGACGGCAUUUCGCGCGAGGAGAAACACAGGAGGGAGGCCCUGGCGAUCGAGAAAUUCACCGCGGAUCUCCUGCCGGCCCAAUCGGUGGCAAGCCAGCGUCUUAAAUCCCUGUGGUUGGAGUACGAGGACGGGCAGACUCGGGAGGCCAAAUUCGUCAAGGACCUUGACCGCUUCGAGCUCGCAUUACAGGGCGUAGAAUACGAGCGCAGAGACAAGCUGGCGUCGAUCCAGACAUUCUUCGAGACGACGGUGCCGCUGAUCAAGCAUCCGGAAGUGGCCGGCUGGGCGCACGAGCUGAUGGACGAGCGGGCAUCGAUCCAAGGCUCGGAGCCGUUCGUGAAGGACUAUAAGGACGUCCGUCCCCUGCCUUGA